AUGCAGAAGGCCUUUUAUUUCCCGACCACUCUGAGCCAGACAAUCAGCGUGAACGAAGGCGUCGAUAUUCAUAACGCAAACGGAGGAGGCUCCAUCAGCUGGUUCAAGGACGCGGAGGCUGUGAACAACCGUCGGUCAACGUUCCAAAUCCGGAACGCCCAACUGGGCGACGGAGGCCUGUACGCAUUCAGGCAGGAGCCUGGAGCCGUGCAAGUGUCGAGAGUCAUUGUGCGCGUUUGCAACCUGAACCACUUUGGCAAAAACUGCAGCCACAACUGCACCGAAGUUUCGGCACUGGCUGGAGGCGACCCGCGUUGCGGGGGCAUGCUGUUCUGCCUACCAGAUCCGUACGGCUGCUCCUGCUACCCCGGAUUUCGAGGAUUGGACUGCACUGAAACCCCGUUGUCAGCACCUCACAACUUCAAAUAUGAAGAAGGAACGGACGGAACGGUCAAGGUCACGUGGCAACUUCCAGAACGCUCCGAAUGGCAGUGCGACGCAGUGAGCGCCCAGGUGCAGGUCAACGACGGCGCGCCUCAACACUCGACGAAUUUCGACUUCACGUUCUCGGCGAGGCACUUCACUGCGUACCGCAUCCAGGUUCGUCUCGCCACCACUCUGGACAAGGCUGGCCCCUGGUCAGACCCCUUCAGGUUUACCACACGAGAAGAAGCUCCCGGCGAAGUGAGCAGCCUUUCCACUGAAAGGUUAUCACCGAAGACGUACCGGCUUCGCUGGCAACCACCUGCCGUAGCCAAUGGCAUCCUGCGAGAAUACCACCUGCUGAUUUUUGCGGUUGGCCUCAACGGCGUGGAUUGUCCCGAGUUUCGAGCGCCAGAGAGAAUCAACGCUUCUUUCCCGGCCAACGUGACAUCGACAGUGCUCCACAACCUCACCGCUUCGGCGGAGUACAGCGCUUCCAUUCUGGCAACGACAGUUAAAGACGGCCCGUGGAAGGAUUAUCGGCUGAGAACCACGGAAGAAGUCCCGGAGGGUGCUCCGCAACGGCUCACCGUGGAUCGAGUAACAGACCGGUCAGCCGUAGCGUCCUGGCAAGCUCCCGACUGCAGGACUGUCAAUGGUCCCAUCACCAGCUACGUGGUCCUUCAGACGUCCGCGGAGCAUUGGGCGUCGGACGAACUCUCGAAGAGACAGGCUGAGAACACAAUCGAAUUGGGAUCCCUCGUUCCGUUCACGGAAUACAAGCUCAGCGUGUCGGCUGAGAACAGUGUCGGCGUGGGCCCCGCUGCUGACGUCACAUUCAAGACGACUCCCAGUGUCCCUCCACCUCCCGAUAACUUGACCGUGUACAGUACAAGCAGCCAACACCUGGCCCUCAGCUGGAACCCACCAUAUCCGCCGCACGGAGUGCUCGAGCGCUACUUGGUACACUAUAAGCUCACGCGAGAGUCCGUUUUCCGGGACAGCGUAACCCUGACGCCCGACCAAGCGACCUGUGGCGGUGAUGCAGACGCCAGGAUUGGGCAACACUGUGCCGUUCUCGGAACGCUACUUCCCAAGAUGGAAUAUCACGUGUUUGUGGUUGCCAAGAACAAAGACGUGAGCACGUGGAGUGAGAGAAGCAACUUGGUCACGGCUGAGACACGAGAAUCGAAGCCCGGGCCACCGUCUCACGUCUCUGAGGGCAAGCGAGACGAGUCAGUAGUGAUCAUCUCCUGGAAAGAGCCAAGCCUUCCAAACGGUGUUAUCCUGGGCUACAGAGUUACCUUGGUGAACCAGCACCUACGGUCUACCGAGAAUAACAUCUCGAUGGAAAUUCCCGCGGAAGGCAGGCAGGCGCAGUUCAGCGACCUCACCCCUGGCACCGGCUACGUUGCUCUAGUGGAAGCAAGAACAGCCGCAGGAUACGGCCAACCAGUGGAAAUUACCGUUCGCACAAGACCCCGCCUACCAGUCAUUGGGACGAAGGUCGAACUGAUGACUGUGGAAGAGAGUGCCAUUACUUUGCACCUGGCACCAGCCAACGAUGAGCCUGACGACAUUAAGGCGUACUACGUGCUCGUGCAAGGACACGACCAGAAGAAAAAUCGCUCGAGACGUUCCGCGGAUGGCCCGAAGGACGGCGACAGUGGAGCCGGAGGGCUCCACGAGUGGAUGGAAGGCACGCCGGACUACAACGAGUCAGUGGCCAUGAACCUGUCGUUCUACAUGGCAGCCAAGAUGGCGCCCGAGGAAGUGCGAAGCAGGGGAGACUUCACGGUGGGCGAUGGCCUCUACUAUGGCGGAUACUACAACGCGCCCCUGGUCCCCGAGUCCACUUACAGCGUCGGGCUCGCCGCCGAGGUCGACUUCGAAGGCGACAGCAGGAUUUCUUACAGACUCCUGUCUGAACCAAUCACUGUUCGAAAACAAGAACCAGUAGGCCGUGGGUCUACGCCGAUUGCAGCCAUCGUCAUCGUCGUCAUCCUCAUGGUAGUGCUCAUCGUUGUAGUCUGGAAAUGGAGAAAGAAAAUUAUAGGGAAAUUGCCGCGAACGUUUCCUCAGAAGCCUGCUGCACCAGCAAGCGACGCGGCAAGCCUGUCAAUCGUUGACGAGAACGACGGGCUGGAGUUCGAGAUGGAAGAAAUUGGCGGCAACGGAACCGAGACCACCUCGAAACCGCUGCCCGUGUCCGAUCUUCAGGAUUACGUGCAGCGAAUGCUAGCAUGCGAUGGCCUCAAAUCAGAGUUUAUCAGCCAGCCCAAGGGCCGUCAGUACCCAACGGUUGAAGCAUUGAGGACCGAGAACAAGAUCAAGAACCGCUAUGGCAAUUUACUGGCCUAUGACCACAGCCGCGUGAGGCUCAAGCCGAUACCUGGCGUAUCCUUCUCAGACUAUAUCAAUGCCAGCUACAUUGACGGCUACUGCCGGCCGAGGCGGUACAUCGCAACUCAAGGCCCCAAGCCGCACACCGUACAUGACUUUUGGCGGAUGGUGUGGCAGGAGAACGUGUGCAAGAUUGUCAUGCUCACUGGCCUCGUGGAAAACGGCAAGACCAAGUGUGAAAAGUACUGGCCGGAGAAGACAGCCACCUACGGAGACGUGCAGGUGCACUUCAUCGCCGAGGAGACGUUCCCAGAGUACGCCAUCCACCAGCUGCACAUUACGCUGGCCGACACCACCCGCGAGGUGAAGCACUUCCACCUGACGUCGUGGCCCGAUCACGGAGUGCCCCUCUACCCCAACACACUGCUCACCUUCCGGCGGAAGGUCAACCAGUACAGGACAUUCAACGAGGCGCCAGUGGUGGUGCAUUGCAGUGCCGGCGUCGGCCGCACUGGUGCGUACAUUCUUCUGGAAAACCUCAUCGAGCAAGCGCAGUCCGAGGGCCUGGUGGACGUCAUCGGCCAGCUGGCAGCGAUGCGUCACAACAGGAUGAAUGUAGUCGAGACGCUGGAGCAGUACAACUUCGUCCACCGAGCGUUGAUGGAAAGCGUCUGCAUCAGGGACCACAGCGUUCCUUGUAGCAAGAUAUUCGACCGUUACCGGGAGCUACUAGCAGUGGACGAGUCGACGGGGAAGAGCAACUUUGCCAAGGAGUUCGAGGAACUCAAGUCUCUGAAACCAUGGUUUACGCCUGCAGAUUUCACAGCGGCAAGCGAGCCCGCAAACCUAAGGAAAAGCCGGGACGCUUCAGUCCUUGCUGCGGACCGAUGUCGACCACUUCUGAGGGACGGGACGUUUGUAAACGCUGUCUACGUCAACGGUUUUCACAAAAAGGACAAGUUCCUGGUGACGCAGACACCGUCUAGCAGGGAUAUCGACGACUUCUGGAAAUUGGUCAUCGAGUCGGGGACAAGGACAAUCGUCACCCUGGACGUCUUUAGCGACGACGCUGAUGUGGUGCAAUUUUGGCCAACAAGUGGCUCGGUCCGGUACGGCGAUCACAGGAUCGAGUGCACGGAGAACCGAAAUGUGAACGACAUGUCCGUGCAAGCCUUCAAAGUUACACCAAAGCACAAGGGUCCAGGAUCGUCAGGAGCGGUAACCGUGAGGCACUUUCACCGCACCACGUGGAACAGCGCGGAACAGAUGGUCGACCUGGUAGACCACGUGGAACGCUGGCAGCAGCAGUCAGAUGACAAGAUUAUCCUCGUACAGUGCAGGAAUGGCUGCGUCGCCAGCGGACUGUUCUGCAGCUGCUUGCUUGUCCUGGAGAAGCUGAAGUGUGAGCAGGAGGUGGACGUGUUCUACGCAACGAGGAUUGUCCGAGAAAACCGGCCGCAGUUCAUCCUGGACAGCGACCAGUACAAGUUCUGCUACGACGUUGCUGUGGCCUACCUCGAGUCAUUCGAGAUGUACGCGAACUUCCGGCAGUGAAAAAGUCUGCACAGACGUGCCACUCAGUAAAGGUUGUGUUUGC